AUGGGCGUCCCCGAGGCAUUUCCACCUCUCCCCAAGGAGGAACUGGCUAUGCAGCCAGCGACUGUUCGGUACGAAUACGACCCAUGGUUGUUAGAUGACCAUCCGCUCCGCUCGCAUCCAACCGAGUGCAUUCCCGGUCUGGGAACGUUUCUCAGCGAGUGGUGUGCCUCUCUUCAAUAUCGAUGGAAGGAGACCUUGUUCCGUACUGGAUGUCUUCUUCUAGCAUGUCUCGCUGUAUUCCAAUGCCUGAAUCUAUUUCACUCCCCAUCUAUCGGUAAAGGCCUGUCGCGCCCACCGGUGACGUCUCGAAUCGGUUCUCGCGAAUGGCACGUGAGAUGCACCUACCCUCACUCGGAUCCCCGCCCCAACGCCCUUGCGCAAUCCGUUGCUGCAGGCUGCGACGGGCUUCGUACGGGCGUUUGGCUGCGCGACAAUGAGCUGCAGAUGGGCCCAUCCAACUUGGGCCCCAGCGCUAUCAAUGAUUUGCCGCUGCGCCUUGACUCGAUGAUUGCCAAAUUGGAGUCGGAUAGUAGCCCACACAGUUCUCAGAUUUCGUUGACCAUGAGUCCUGGUGGGUUAAAUCAUAACGAUGCUUCACGCACGUUUAUGCUGGUCUUGGAUGCCGGGUCUUCUCUCCCUGAAGUCUUCCCUACCCUGAUCUCCCAACUGGACGUUCUCCGCCAACGGGGCUAUCUUAGCCACUGGGAUGGUGCUGGGAUGGUUCAGCGAGCUGUUACAGUGGUUGUCACGGGCGAGCCUGUGUCCAACUUGGAUUGCUCGAGUUCACCUUACUCGGAUGUGUUCUGGUCAUCCGAGGAAGGAUUUAUCUUUGCGGAAGAUCUUGCCAAUGGCCAGCUAUCUCCGAUCUGUGCUACAUGA